AGCCUCUUCUUCUUCUCCUUCUCCUCUCCAUUAUGACGCCUUCCCCCUGGCAUCGGAUACAAAAUUGCUAAAUGGCCUUGCGGACACGCGGGGACAGCGACAUGAAUGUUACAGAAAUAUAUACAGAGAAAACAUCAUACGAUCCCCUACCCCAAGAAAAUAUAUAAAUUCGCUCCGCCUUUGUCGGUUUUUCUUAUUCCUCUGUUUUCGUGGUGCUGGUGCAGGGCGACUCUGCCUCCCGUCAAAACUCGGAUCUUUUCCUCUGUUCUCUGUCUGUCUCCACAUGAGACCGAAAUAAUGACUCCAGCAGGCAAAGCGUCGAUCGUCCCACCGUCACCGCAAUCGAGCGUGGAGUGCUGCAUGUGCGGCGACCACGGCUUGACCGAUGAGCUUUUUCAGUGCAGGAUCUGCCAGUUCAGAUCUCAACACAGGUACUGCAGCAAUCUCUACCCGAAGGCCGAGACCUACCGAGUCUGCAACUGGUGCCUCGGUCAGGACGGCCGAGACGAGGGCGGCCCCGUCGUCAAGACCCAGCAGCAGAACUCGUCGGAUUCCAAUUCGCCGCGCAAGAGCGGGGCGGAACCGGAUAGCGACGGCAAGAGCGGCAGGAGGCUGAGGAGGGGCAGGAUCGACGACGAUCGCCAGCAGAGACCCCCUCCCCUGCAUCUGCAAGCCUUGGGCUGCGGCAGGAUCAAGAAGGAGAGAUCCCCGGAGAGGAUCUCGUCCCCGACGACGCCGAUCAGGAAGCGGAUCAUCACCAAGGGAGAGCUCGAGGAGAAGCUGAGGAGGACGACAUCGGAGGAGAUUUCGCACGUGGUCCCGAGGCAGGGGUUCCGGAGCAAGGUCAGGCGGUACAAGCUUCUGGAGGAGGUCUCGAGCUGACGACGACGACGACAACGACGACGAAUCAAACAAGAACCAAGACGUACAGAAAAACCGCAUAUCGAGAAUUUACUUGUAAAUGGGUGUGUUAAAAAUCGUUCCUUUCUUCCUUUUUCCCCUGUUUUUUUCUUUUUUUUUCCCUUCUUUCCGGGUACCAGUUUUGAUCCGAAGACGAGAGGGACCGCAGGAUUGUCUGCAAAGUUUUCGGUGUACAGAGGAACCCCAGUUGGCGAAUGAGAGAGAUGAGACGUUGCUAGCGUUAAUUGAUCAGAUCAUGGCGAUUGGUGUUUAA